GCGAGGCAAAUGCGAAGAUGUCAGCGAUCACCAUACGCGCCAUGACAAUCGGGGAUUACGAGGAGGUCGAGGCCUUUCUCGCAGUGCACUUCUUCAAGCAGGAGCCGCUAAUGCUGAUCCCCCAGGAGGAUCCCAAGCAGAGCGAGGUGUCUUCCGCGGAGGCUGAGCUACACCGCUCGCUCAUACCCCAGGAUCUCUCCCUGGUGGCCGUCGACGGGGAGCGCAUUGUGGGCGUGGUUCUGGCCGGUGAAUUGGUACCCGAGGAUCUGGAGAGGGAGUACCAGGAGGCUGAGCAGAAGGAGAUCACGUGCCUGCUGGACAAGAUACACAAGUUUCUGGCCGGGAUCGAGCGGCAGGCCAAUAUCUUCAAGCACUACGGAGUGGAGCGGGCGCUUUACCUGUACAUGCUCGGUGUGGACGUGUCCAUUCGACGCCAGAGAGUGGGCACCCGCCUGGUGGAGGCCACCAUUGAGCUGGGUCGCCAGCGUGGAUUUCCCGUCGUCACAUCUACCUGCAGCAACCAGAACUCCAAACGCCUUAUGACCGCCCUAAACAUGGAGUGCAUACUCACAAAGGAUUACGCGGACUACAAGGACGAGCACGGGGAGAUCGUCCUGCGGGCAUCCGAGCCACACACCUCCGCCAGUGUCGUGGCCAUACGACUGUAAGAGUAGGAAAAUUACCAAAGAAUGUAGAAACAUAGCUCAUGGCAACAUGAUAGAUAGGCAAUAUAAGGAGGGGGAGUCGUAAGAAACUAAACCGAUUUUGAUAGAUAAGAAAGCUUUGUUUAUGUAGACAUUGUAAUCAACUUUGUAUUGUUUUCAGUUCAAGUAUAUAGGAAUUCAAACUAUUAUCAUAAGUGUUUGUCGUUGAUUUCUUGGGUCUUGCAAAAUAAAUGAGUAAGCGUGCAAUUAACCGGGUAUUUCCCAGCACUGUCCCAUCCAAGAUCGUAACUCUUCCACAU